AUGUCCUUGCAGCAGUCAGGGCCGCUUUCUCCCGAGAGUUCGUCGGAAUGUGCUGCAGCAGCACCAGCAGCAGCUGCUGCUGCAGCGGCUGCUGCUGCUCCGCCUGCGCCUACAGACGCAGCAGCAGCCACGAACCUUGUCGUUUGCUCAGAAGAAUCAGGUCCAGCAGGAGACUGUACAGCAGCAGCUCCUGCAUCAGCAGCAGCAGCAACAACAACACCGGCAGCAUCUGCUAGCGAAUCUGCAGCACGUUGUCUACCAGCAGCAGAGCACCAGUCUGAGGUAGCAACCCCCUUCUCUCCAGCAUCAGCAGCAGCAACAGCAGCAGCAGCAACAGCAGCAACCCGCCGAAACAGUUGCGGGAUACACAGCAGCAGAGGCUGUACUGCAGCAGCAAAAAGUUGUGCUGCUCGUUGCCCCUGUCAUACUCUGUCUUCUUGCAGCUGCUCCCGGCGGCAACGCCACGCACAGCAGCAGCAGCAGCAGAAGCAGCAGCAUGGAGAGAAUGAAGCUGCUGCUUGCAACAGCAACGGCAACAGCAGCAGCAGCCCUUGCGAAGGUGCCACUCUUGGACCUGAAGCUGCUGUAGCAGCAGCAGCAGCAGCAGGACCAGCAACACAAACAGCAGCAGCAGCAGAGGAAACAGCAGGUUUAUUGGAUGCAGCCGACUCCGUCGAAGGGGCAGCAGCUGCUGCUGCAGCGGAUGCAGCAGCUGCAGCAGCAGUUGCUGCUGCUAUGCAGAUUCAGUGGUCGCUGCCUCCCCUGGGGCUGCGGGUUGUUUCUGCUGUAUAUUACGGUGGACUUAUCUCUCGCUCUACAGACAUAAUUGUUGUUGAGAUUGCACAUGAUGAUGCUGCUGCUGCUCCUGCUCCUGCAGCAGCAGCAGCAGCUGAUGGAUAUGAUGAAGAUGCCGGGCUGCCGGUGCAGCAGCGCGCAGCGCCUGCUCAACAGCAGUGCAGCAGCAGCGCAAUAAGGCAUCUACCGCCGCAGAAGCAGCAAGAACAGCAGCAGCAGCAGCAGCGGGAGCGGGAAGGGGUGAGGUGUUUGUGCAGCUUUCGUGCAUACAUGCAGCGGCAGCAGUUCAGCGAGCUGCAGCAGCGCGUGCAGCGCCUUUACCCUAAAGCCCCGCCUCUAGAUAAUGAGAAAGAUAGAAACGGUGGCUUGUUAGGGGGACAAAGAAGCCGCAUUGAAGCAAGCUUGAGCAGAAUGACAACAGCACGCUUCACUGCUGCUGCUGCUGCCUUGUUUGCUGCCGUUAGACUCGGCAGCACCAAGAAGAACAACUGCAGCAACAGCAACAGCAGCAACAGCAGCAGCAGCUGCAGCAGCGGCAGCAGCGUCGCGGGUGAAGGCGCUGCCGCAGACGAAGGCACUGACCCACCAGCAGCAAAAGGAGCAGCAGCAGCAACAACAGCAAAGGGAGCAGCAGCAGCAACAACAAAGGGAGCAGCAACAGCAGCAGCAAAGGAUGCGCCGGAAGUUGCUGCUUUUAUAGGAGAGCUGCUGCAGCGCGUCGAUAUUAUGUGCGACGUCUCCAUUCAAACAUUACUCGGUGUCAGGCAGCGACACGUGCGCUGCUGCAGCUGCUGCAGCAGCAGACUCAGUCAGCCGCACCCACUCUCUCCCCUGCUGCUGCAGCCGCAGGUCAUGACGCUGCCGCUGCACAGCCGCCUCCAUUCCCCUGGGGUGUAUCUCGAGCUCUGGGAUGCUGCACUGGCUCUCCUGGAGCCACCUGCUGCUGCUGCUGCUGCUGCUGCUGCGGUACCUGUUGCUGAUCGUGCUGCUCUCGCGGGUGAUGAACAGAAGCAACAGCAACGACAGCAGCAGAAACAGCAACAGCAGCAACAACGGCAGGAGCAGGAGCAGCAACAGCAACAGCCGCAGCAGCAGCAUCAGCAUCUGCAGCAGCAGCAGGAGGCAGAAGCAGCAUCUCAGGUUCAGCAGCUGCAACGCCGAGAGUCAUGCGCGUGGCUGCAGGGAAGGGCUCCGCCUCCAUUUGUGCUGCUAACAAUAUAUCAGCUAUGGAACAACAGGGUGUCUUUGCUGCGGUUUUCUGCUGAGCGGCAGCAGCAGCGUCGUACAGCAUCUGCUGCUGCUGCUGCUGCUGCUACUGCCGCUGUCGCUGGGGCUGGAACGCGGGGCGCAGCACCGCUGAGACACAGACGCAGCGUCAUGCUGCUGCAGCCGCUACGAAGUGCUGCUUCGUUGCUGCUGCUCCCCAAGCCCCUGCCUUCUUCUGUGUGUGAACGGCUGGAGCUAGCGCUUACGCGGCAGCAAACAGCAGCAGCAGCAGCAACAACAACAGGAUCAGCGGGAGCAGCAGCAGCAGACUGCGCCCGACGAGGCACAAGCACCAGCAUCAGCAGCAAGAGAACACGGCUUGCUGCUACUUGCCAGCCCUCAAGACGCAGGUGCUGUCUUCUGGCUCUGUCAGCGCCUUCCCUUGUCUUUCUACCGUGGAUUCCCCCCGUUGAUGCAGCAGCAGCAGGAGCAGCAACAGCAGCAGCAGCAACAGCAGCAGCAACAACAGCAGCCGCAGCAGCAGCAGCAGCAGCAGCAGCAGCAACUGAGACGAGCUCUCUCCAGGAAAUAAACCCACCCCAAGAAACCACAAAGACACUCCAGGUCUCAGGCUCCCUAGCUGCGGCUUUUGCUGCGCUGCCGAAGCAGAAGCAACCGCAGCAGGGACCGUCGCAACAGCAGCAGCAGCAGCAGCAGGAAGAGCAGCAGGAGCUACUGCUCCUUGGUGAAGAAGCAAACGAAGUAGCGACUCCUGCAAGUGCUGAGAUGAUGCACGAGCAGCACUCUGGCUGUAAGGAGGUUGCUUCGCACGACGACCAGCAGGAGCUGCUGCUGCAACAGCAGCAGCAGCAGCUGCUGCUGCAGCGCGUGCAAGAAAAUGGAGAGGCACUGCUGAAGAAACUUGAGGAGUCCUCGCAGGUGCCUGCAGAGCUGCAACAAGAACAGCAGCAGCAGCAGCAGCAGCAGAGCGGGCUGCAGCAGAAGCAAGACGAGGACCCGCCAGAGCACGAUGAGGAGCAGCAGCUGUUGCAGCAGCGUGAGUUGCAGCAGCAACGAUCCGAUGAAGAACAGCAUUUGCAGCCGUAUCAACAAGAGAAGCACCAGCAUCAGCAGCAGCAGCAGCAGGACGAAGAUCAGCAGCAGCCUCAGCAGCAACAGCAGCAACACCCGCACCAGCAGGGAGAUCAGCAGCAGCCGCAACAGCAGCAGCAGCAGCAGCAACAGCAGCAGCAGCAGCAGCAGCAACAGCAGCAGCAGCAACGGCAGCAGCACGAGGAAGAAGAGAGAGCGCCUGUAGGGUACUCUGGCUACGACUCUGCCUCUAACAGCACUUUGAGCAGCAGCACUUUUCAGCUCGCAUUUAGCUGUCUGCAACACGAAAUUAUGAAGACAUCACGCAGGCGCUUCCUUUGCUGCAGCUAUUCAUCUCUGCUGUCAGCAUUUUUCUUGGGAGCAGAGGACGGGACGAUCACCGUGCUGCAGCUGGCAGCAGCAGAUCCCACUCAGUUUUCUCCCUCUGCUGCUGCGGUUGCUGCUGCUGCUGCUGCUGGGGGACCCAGCAGCAGCACCUCUCCGCAACACGGACGCAGCAGCAGCAGAUUCAAACGCGCCUUAGUGGGGGGCCGUGGGCAGCGCGACAGCAGCAGCAGCAGCAGCAGAGCAGCGCUAGCAGCUACAGAGCAGCAGCUGCAACAACUGACUGGCCGGGCCCUCCCUCGCACAAUAAAAUUCAUUCGCGAAGAACCUGUAGACGUGUUGUCUGUGCUCUCCCUCCUUCUACCUCAUAGCAUUCAGGAAGACCCCAACAGCAGCAGCAGCAGCAGCAGCUCUAGCUGUAAUCGUAGCAGCAGCAACAGCGGAGGAGAACAGCCCGUUCUCGUCGCAGCAGGAAGAAGCGGCAGCCUGAUGCUGCUGCAUGCAGCUACAGCUGAAGUUGUGGCGUCGUUCAUUGUUCAGAGGGGGGGGCUGCUCUCUCUAGCAGAUCCUGUUGCUGCUGUUGCUGCUGAUGAAGGGCGCCUGCUGCUCUUCUGCUGUCACCGCAGCGGCAGCAUACGGAUGCUGCAGCUGCAACCAGCAAGAAGCAACACCAACGAUAGCAGCAGCAGCAGCGCUUGCGUGUAUCAGCUCAUGCUGCUGCUAUGCAUAGCUCCAGGAGAACCCUCUUCGCAUGCAGCUCCGCCCUACCCCCCGAUAAUCGCCUUAAGAGGCCAGCAGCAGCAGCAGCAACAACAGCAGCAUCUGCUGCAGCAGCAGCAGCUGCAGACGCCUGCGUCAGCCCUUUCCGAACGUUUUGUGGGGACAGGUGAUUUCCCUGGCGAUGAGCAGCAGCACCUGCAUGCGACGCAGCAGCAGCAGCAGCAGCAGCAGCAGGGGUGGAGUCUUGGUGGCAGCAACUUUGGAGACAGCAGCCACUGCACUGUAUUCUCCGGGGUCACCUCGAUACGCUGCGCGUGUGUGGAGGCAGACCGGCGGCUGCUGCUGCUGGGUAGCAGCAGCAAGCAGGGAGUCGUCUCCGUGUUGCUCUACAGCAUUAGCAACAGAAGCAGGAGCAGCAGCAGCACCACAGCAGCAGCAGCAGCAGACGCAGACGCAGCGGGUGGGAGUGCCAGAGCUGCGAGUGUGGUAUUCGUUACGAGGAUAGCCUGCCUCGCGGAGACUGUCUCCUGUCUCGUUGUUUGGAGACAGAGAGGAGUGUUGAUUGUAGGGGGUGGAGAGGGGGCGCUGCUGGUGCUGCUGCUGGAUGCCUUGCUGCCCAUUCUCCAGCAGAAAGCAGCAGCAACUGCUGUGGCAACCUCUGCUGCAGCUGCUGCAACAACCCCACAACAGCUGUUGGAGGGGCAGCCCUUUGCUGCUUUCCCUUCCUUUACUGCACAGCAGCAGCACCACCACCAACAGCCGCAGCAGCAGCAACCGCAGCGGGAACAGGAUAUGCUACGGGCUGGAACGAGUAUUCAGAGCUGCAGCCGUUUGCCGGCCCCUCGCGCUGUUCGUCUGUCUUCCUUGCUAAGUCAUCGGCAGCAGCCCGACGAGCACCAGUUGCUGCUGCAGCAGCUGCAGCAGCAGCAGCCAGACUGCGUAGGAGACCUAGCCCAUCUGCUGCAGGAGAGAAUGGCAGCAAAUGCGGAGUGUCUGGUGCUGCUGCGAGCCCACAGAAAAGCCGUACAGCGGGUUUUUGUCUUCCCGAGUGAAGGGGUCUUCAUGUCUUGUGGGGCUGAAGGCAUCCUUAAAAUGUGGCGUUUGCCUCCACAAAAAUGA